UGAUUUGGGCCCACCUUCUACUAAGGCUGCAAACAAGUUUGAGGGCAUGUCUCAGCAGUCAAGCACCGGGACUGCAAAGACUGCGCUUGGCCCUAGAGUUCUUCCCAAACUACCUCAAAAAGUGGCACUAAGAAAAAUAGAAACCAGUCAUCAUCUUUCAAUAGAUAAAUCCCAUCAGCACACGGAAAUGUUUCAGAAGCCCUCACUAUCCAUCGAUAUACCACAGAAACCACAACCCGGAGACUUGCCCCCAAAGCCUCUGCCUCUGGAAUUAACUCCGAAACCUCAAGUGGGAGAUUUACCCCCAAAGCCUGGAGAACUGCCCCCAAAGCCUCAGCUAGGAGACUUGCCACCAAAACCACAACUUGGAGAUUUACCUCCAAAGCCGCAGAUGAAGGACCUUCCUCCAAAACCUCAGCUGGGAGAGCUGUUGGCUAAAACUCAAGGUGGAGAAGCAUCACCGAAGCCUCAGCUCUCAGAGGCAAAUCAAAAAUCUCUCUCCAUAGAUCUUUCUCCAAACGUACAAUCCAGAGAUACCGUCCAAAGGCAAGCGUCUGAAGAGUCUAAUGACAUCACACAUACCCUGCCGGAAACCCCUGUGCCACUUCCGAGGAAAAUAAACAUGGGGAAAAACAAAGUCAGGCGAGUGAAGACCAUUUAUGACUGCCAGGCAGAUAAUGAUGAUGAGCUCACAUUUGUUGAAGGAGAAGUAAUUAUUGUAACCGGUGAAGAGGACCAAGAGUGGUGGAUCGGCCACAUCGAAGGACAGCCAGAGAGGAAGGGGGUCUUUCCAGUGUCCUUUGUGCACAUUCUGUCAGACUAGUAAAAACAAAAGAAAACAAAAAUCCUAGACUUGAGCAUUGCACAUUCUUCAUGCAAGACGGGCUUUUUAGCAAAAGCAAACGCUGCUGCCUCCCUGUAAUCCUGUGCACAGUUGUAUAUAUAGCUGCUGUUACAAAUUAAGAAUCCAUUUAAGUUUCACCUCAUGAGGUUGAAUUAUAUGUAUUGUAAAUAUACUGUGUUAUUCUGCCUUUGCCAGUAUUAUGGUAGCCUUGGAACCUGGCACGCCUUAUUGGGUUCGUUGAAGCCAUCCUUGGCAUCUAGCACUUACAUCUCUGUCUACGCUGUUAAAAAUACGUAUGAACUGCCAGCUUUCCAAACAUAGGUGGUCUCUGUCAACCAUGUAACUGUACAGAAAUGACUGUUCCUAAUAACUCGGUAUUCUCAAUAUACAAUUAGCAGAAAGUUAGAAUGAGUGAAUGGUUUUGGACAAUUUCAAAAUCAAGUCUGCAGUUUCUAAGUGUAUGCAGUUUACAGCUAUGAAACCCACUUCGGUAUUUAUUUAAUAUAGUGCUCAGUUAAGUGUAAUUAUGAAGAAAAAUAUUCACUGACUUUACAGGUAACAGUAAUGUUUUACGGUGUGCAUACAGCAUUUCAUGUUUAUAUUCCGUGGACCUAUGCCAAACUGUGAUUGCAGUUCCCCUGUGAUAUUACCUCACUAUAAAAAGUUACAAAUUUAUUUCAUUCGAAAACUUACUUUAAUGAAAAUUAGUCAUAUUGUUCUUCAGUAGAUAUAUGUGAAAUUUGCUGGUUUCUUUCACUGAAUUCUUAGUAACCAAGGACUUCUAGAAAAUGUUAACUGUUGACAUUAUGCAUGCAUUUAGGUGCUUACUUGAAACCUGCCUUUGUACAAAAGUAGUACUGUAGUCAUAUAGCUACAUUUGAGGAAAAGAACACUUUGACUUAAUUGCUAUUCAGAUUAACGUGAGCUUGCAACAGUAUUUGUUUAUAGCUAAAUUGGCUCUUUGAAAAAUGAUUUGGGUUUUUUUUUUUUCCCUCUGUCUUCAACCUUGCUAAAAGUUAGUUACCUAAAAUAAGUGGUGAUAGAACGAUAAAUUUAAAUUAUCUUUAAUCGCUCUAAAAAGCGGGAGUUAGGAUGACCUCUCAUGCAUUUGAUCAGGCUGUUAAUGAUAGAACUUAGAUCACAAGUACCAGGCUGGUUUUAGUAGAGUUCACUAAACUGUAAUAGUCUUAAAGUACCAGGUAAUAGACAGACUGUUCUAAAGCUGAUUUCUAAGAAAAUCUUCGGAAGGCUGCAUUUGACCUGAGGUUUCUUGAAAGUUGGUAUGAAGUUGCGUUGCCAGAGAACACUUAAAUGUAUUAGUGGAAACUUUCAUUUCCUAUGUCACUUUCAACAUCUUCUUUUAACUUUUGAAACAUGCCGCAGUUGUGUUUUUCCCAUAGUUUGUCUGUAGCAGGUUCCAUGACUUUCCUAUGUAGCUUUGUAUUACUCGCUUUAAAUGUUAUUUUGGCUUCAGUACCUAGUACUGCUAUUUCAAAGCAGAUUGUCUUGGCUGCGUGGAAGGAUUUUCGUUUCAUCAAAGCACAUCUCAGGCUUUCUGAGGGCUUUCAUUUUUAAUUCAGUUUUACAAGACUGUAGUCAGUGAAUAUUUAAUUCUGUUUGUGGAUAAUAUAGAAACAAAUACCAGUCUAAACCCCACAUGGAAAAAUUGCAAAACAUUUAUCAGCUGUUAAUGGUUUUAUCAUUUAUUACAGAAGUUUAUUAAGAAAAAAAGUAAUAAUUACGCAAUGAGUGAGAGAGCCUGCUGGCAUCUAAUCUUCAGUAUUACCAGCUCCAGUAUUUCAGACUUUAUUCUGUUUUUUUAUGGAAAGGAGGUCAGGUUUAGCAUUUAUUUAGCAUUCCAUUUUACCCAUUACUACAAUGUUUUGAGUUGCAUUAAAGAACAAAACCUAUUCACUUUUGUGGUCAAUUGUAUUUUUAAGUGAUCUUGAAAUAAACUGAUAAAAGCAAAUCAUAUAAAGAAAACCUAGGCAUGUAAAAUUAUGUAGAGUCAAAUGUCUAUUCUUUUCUACGCUCUUUAAAAUAGUAUACAUAUGCAUUUUAUAAAAUUAAAUUAGUUCCAUCGGGAACAAUAGUUCUGUUUAUUCUGGCUUCUUGUGGGUCAUAAGAAAUCUGAAAAUGUAUGAUAUUGAUUGAGUUUAAGUACAGUAUUAUAUUUGAACUCAAUGAGCCACUGUCUGCAAUUUUGUAUAUGACAUAGUAUUUGGAAAGUCUAAAUCUUUAUGGAAAAUUAGCUGAUAAGGGGUUGGGGGGAGGGGCAGGGGAAGGUGCCCCCAGAGGGGGAAGUAUGCUCUGCAGAUGAUGUCUUAUUUACUGUUGAACAACAGUUGCUAUUUAUUUUUUUAUUACAUAGUACAUCAACGUGUACAGAAAUCAGAUCUGGUCAUGCCACUAGUUAAAAUCUUGACUUCUCAUUGAAUGUUAAGGUAAAACAUCAGUACACAUGUCUAUUCACAUGUAUUUAAUGUGACCGUUUUUGAGUACUGUAUGUGUUAAUUUCUACUUUUUUAAUGUUUAAAAUUGCUUUUAAAUAAAUGUAUUCAGUUGAUCCCAGA